UUCCGCCUUUGCUGCAAAACAAAAUCAAAAACGAUCACGAUACACGACAUCACACAAAAAACAAAAUUUAGUUCGUGCCAUGCAGUUGCUUGUAUCUCAUACGCCGUGAGUAGGAUACUACGGGAUCGCGAGUCCCAGGAGUGAUCACUACACCCACCUUGGACAAUGUGGGCAACAAUCGCCCACUCGCUGCAGAGACAACAUAAGAAUCACGAACACGAAGAUGACGAUCGGAAGAAAGGGGAGCCAGGUGAUAGGAUAAGACAUUCCCUCGGACCUUCGAGCGGUUAUGUCUACACGUGCUGUUUUUUGCUCCUCGACCGCAGAUGCGGAGGAGCUCGGGGACAGGCUCGGUAGCGUGGCCCCCAGCUGAGCCCGCAGCUGCGACGCGCCCACGAAACGGCGCCCUACCGCGCAGGCCCGUAACAUUCCCCCGCGCGGUCCAGAUAAUAGAAAAGGGCCGGAGGCAGCUCCCAAGCAGAGGCGGCAGCAGCGCGCGAGUGCCGCGGGAAGACCCGGGGAGGUGCCCACGUCGUGUGGCGGUGCGCGCAUGUCGGGUGGCGCAAAGGGGAACGACCACCGGCAUUGAACGAACAUGACGUCGGAGGCCCUGAAGAGUUCUGCAUGUGGCAGCAGCGGGCCCCGACGUCUCUGUCCCCAGAGGCACACCUGGGCUGCCGCUGCCGCGGCCGGGCCAACUGCGAGACGCGGCGCCAUGCUGCCGCUAGUCAAUGUUUGUGCUUGCCUUGGCGGCCCCCCCCUCGCGCCACCACGUCGUCGGCGCCGCUGAGCUUGCCCGCGGCUCGCUCCUCUGACGCGUGCACAGCCCGACAGCGCAGGCAGAGAGCUCAGGAGGACCCCAACCAGGGCCACAGCGCGGGGCGUAGGCUCGUCGUCUCAGGGUAUGGCGGCCUGCGAACGGGUCCGACUGCAAAACCCCGUCGGUGGCCCCAGUGCGGCGCCCGUGCGCGCGCGCACGGAGCAGGAGAAGCGCAGGACGGGGGAGCGGUGCAGAAACGAAGGCCUGGUCGACCGCGUCGCCUCUGCAGCUCGGGAACAAACUUAACAAACCAUGAUGCGGCGGCACUGGGCGCGCAAGGGCGGGCUGCAACGCGCGAGCGGAAGGCAACUCUGCUUCGAGCGGAGGGCCCCGCUCGCGGCCCGCGGCGGCCGCUCGGCAAGUUCGCCUGCGAAGGCCCCUCUGCCGCGGCCUCCUGGGGAAGCAAAAGGCACCGAUACCGUCGAGUUUGAUUUGGGAGGGCACGCGGUAUUUAACGAUCUUGAUCCUCUCAGCCUCCUGCCCGGGGCGCCCGCGCCCAGCGCGUCACGGGCCCGAGGGCAGCGCCUCGGGAGGCGGCGCCGGCGGCCGGCGGACUCCCCCUGACCCUCGCCGUCGCUCUCGUCGUCAGCCUCCUCCUC